UUUAGAACUAAAAGACAACGAAGUUUGAGAGUUAUUUAUAUUUAUUUGAUAAAAAAAUAUAAAUAUAAAAUGAGUGACCAAAAAUUAGCUGAAAAUAUCGGUUCCUUGAUAGCAAAUGAAUGUUAUUAUUACGUUGCCGUAAAAGGUUCACCAUUUGCUGCGGACUGUUCUGUAUUUGGAUUGAUAGCUGAUGAAAUGCAGGCACUUUGUAAGCGUUUUCCUAAUUCAGGAACUGACGUUAUGAACGGCGUACUGAUCAAAGCCCAAUCAGAUGACAUUGCUCGGGUGAAGCAGCUUUUGGGUAAAGGUGCAUCUGCUUCUGAGGAAGAUUCUGCUGGAUAUACGGCUCUUCAUUAUGCAGCUCGUGCGGGACAUUAUGAUGUAUGUAAGCUGCUGUUAGAACACAGUGCUCGGGUGAAUGCAAUCACGCGAUGCGGUCGAGCAACACCACUUCACAGAGCUGCUAGCAGAGGAAAUGAAGAUGUAGUACGUUUGCUGUGUAAAUUUGGAGCUGAUUUAAAUAUUCAGGAUGCUGAUGGAUAUACUGCACUCCAUCGAGCAGCUCUUGCUGGGUCGCUGAGUGUUUGGAAGCUUUUGGUUGAUAAAACUUCUGCGGAUAUCGUUGAUAAUAAUGGUCACACUGCGGCACAGUUAGCUGAAAUUCAAAAUAAAUUUAUUAUUUAA